CCGCCAUCGCCGCGCCGGAAGGGGCGGGUGCGAGCGGCGGGUCUGCCCGGGGCUGUGAGCGGGACGGGCAGCUCCGCCAUGGUGAACUUGGGGCUGCGGCGGGUGGAGGAUGAUGUGGCUGCCAAGCACCCGGCGCUGCAGCAGUACGCGGCCUGCCAGUCCCACGCCUUCAUGAAGGGCAUCGGCACCUUCCUGGCAGGCAGCGGGGCCGCCUUCACCGUGCAAAAGCUGGCGCGGCAGAAGCUGCCGUACAGCUCGCAGUGGAGCCUGCUGCUGGCCGCGGGUGCUGCUGGCACCCUCAGAAGCACCUCGGUCUCCCCAGCCGCAGGGUCCCUCGCGAGCUAUGUGGUAACCAGAGCUGAGACACAGAAAUGCUCCGACUUCUGGAUUUACCUGGAGACAGGCAAGUCCCCACAGGAGCUCGGCGUGACUGGUGGGGUAUCUCAGCCCUCAGAAAACCUGCUCAGCACAGAGGACAGGGACAGCGCCACACUGCCGGUGAGGAGGAACAGGUAUGGGGACGUGGUGGAGUAGCCAGCAAAGCACAGCACUCUGUACCUGUGUCCCACUUCAGCCCCUGCUGCUGCCCAGCCGGUCGUUGCCCAUGCUGCCUGUGAGUCUGGUGGGCUUGGUGACUCUGUUUGGAAGCUCAGAGGACUUGAUCCUGCAGCGAGAGUGUGGUGGAGGCACCACAGGGAUCACUGCUGCCUGCCCCAUGGCCUCUGAACAUUCCACUGGGGGUACAAUAAAAGUCAAGAACUGAA